CUGUUUUGUUCAUACACCCUAAGCACCAGUUGCCGCUUUCUUUGCUUUUCGUCUUCGGCAGUCUUUUUUUAAAAUUAAAAAAAAAAAAAAAAAAGAAAAAAGAAAAAAAAAGCAAUGAAUUUACAGCAACCCUGUUCUUCUUCUUCUUCUUCUUCUUCCUGGAUUCGCCAACGCUUUGACAAUGAUUCCGACUGAUGCUACUUUCUUCUCCUUCUUCCUCCUCUUCAUUGCAAAGAUGCUGCUUUCUCUGCGCAACUUCUUGCACAUGGGUCGCAGAGCUUCUAUCAGUGUAAGCCCCUUCUAUCCAAUCCCACAUUCCGUUCCUUCUUCUUAUUUGUAUUAUACCUUAGUUUUUACUGUUUCCUCUUCAUCCUCAUCAUCUCUUGGUUCUUCUAUAGCUUGCCCUUUGGUUUGGUUCACGGGUUUUCUCUGUAUCAUUCGUCGUCCCUUUGUCACAAAAUCGAAUCCCAAUUCUUUUCUUGAAGAUGUAGAUAAACAUUACUUACGUAGAAUCAUUCAGCAUGACCGUUGGGACGAUCCCAAGAUUGUUAAUUUGUUGGAUUCUGCUAUUGCGCCGACUUGGGUUUCCAAGUUUUUGGUAGAAUUAAAAGGGGAUCCUUUAUUGGCUCUGAAAUUGUUCAGAUGGGCUGGAACUCGAAUGGGGUUCCGCCACACUACUGAGUCAUAUUGUGUAUUGGUUCACAUACUCUUUUAUGCUGGAAUGUACCAUAAUGCACAUGAAAUCCUUAAAGAAUUGGUUUUGUUGAGGCCUGUGUUUCCGGGUUGUGAUAUAUUUGAUUUGUUGUGGUCGACUAGGAAUGUAUGUGUUCCUGGUUUUGGAGUUUUUGAUGCUUUAUUUAGUGUAUUGAUUGAGCUGGGGAUGUUUGAGGAAGCUAGUCAGGUUUUUAUGAAGAUGAAAAGGUUUAGGGUUUUUCCGAAAGUGCACUCAUGUAAUGCACUUCUGCAUAGUCUUUCUAUGUCAGGAAAGAGUGACUUCUCAAGGAAGUUUUUCAAGGACAUGGUUGGGGCUGGUAUCAAACUUAAUGUUUUCUCGUAUAACAUAAUGAUUGAUUAUAUGUGCAAAGAAGGGGAUGUGGAAACAGCUAGGAACUUGUUUACACAAAUGAAGCGGGCAGGCCUUAUGCCUGAUGUUGUGACCUAUAAUUCUCUUAUUGAUGGAUAUGGAAAGGUUGGGAAAUUAGAUGAAUCUGUUUACACAUUUGAAGAAAUGAAAGAAGCAGGUUGUGAGCCUGAUAUAAUAACCUUCAAUUCUUUGAUCAAUUGUUUUUGUAAAUUUCAAAAAUUGCCUCAAGCUUUGGAGUUUCUCCAUGAGAUGAAGAAUAAUGGAUUGAAAGCCAAUGUUGUGACGUACAGCUCAUUAAUUGAUGCCUUUUGUAAAGAAGGGAUGAAGCAAGUGGCACUUAAAUUUUUUGUGGACAUGAGACGACUAGGGCAUUUACCUAAUGAAUACACUUAUACUUCUUUGAUUGAUGCAAAUUGUAAAGCAGGUAAUCUAACUGAUGCGUUAAAGCUGAUAAAGGAGAUGUUACAGGAAGGAAUUAACUUGAACAUUGUAACAUAUACGGUUUUAUUGGAUGGCCUUUGUGAAGAUGGGAAAAUAAAGGAAGCAGAAGAAGUCUUUAUGGCAAUGCAGAAAGCUGGAGUGACUUCAAACCAGAAGAUUUACACUGCUUUUGUUCAUGGGUAUAUUAAGGCCAAGAAGAUGGAUAAUGCUUUUGAACUUUUGGAAGAAAUGAAGGAGAAAAACAUUGAAGCAGAUUUGUUGCUCUAUGGAACCAUCAUUUGGGGUUUGUGCGGCCAAAAUAAGCUUGAAGAAUCUGAGCUUGUAAUCAGCGAACUGAAGUCUUGUGGUAUACCUCCUAAUCAAGUCAUAUAUACUACUCUUAUUGAUGCCUACUUCAAGGCAGGAAAAACUAAGGAGGCACUUGCUCUUUGGCAAGAAAUGCAUGAAUGUGGUAUUGAAGUCAAUGUUGUAACUUAUUGUGCAUUAAUUAAUGGUUUAUGCAAACAGGGAUUGGUCCAGGAAGCGACUAAUUAUUUUGAUAGGAUGGCUGACUUUGGCUUGCAACCUAAUGUUGCAGUCUAUACAGCCCUAAUGGAUGGCUUUUGUAAGAAUAAUUGCAUUGGCACAGCUAAAAAGCUGUUUGACGAAAUGCUAGAUAAGGGUAUUAGUCCAGAUAAAGCCGCAUACACCACCCUAAUUGAUGGGAACUUAAAGCAAGGUAAUCUGCAAGAAGCUCUGGACUUCCUUGACAGAAUGAAUGAAAUGGGUAUGGAGCUUGAUCUUCAUGUGUAUACUUCCUUGAUCUGGGGAUUUUCUCAGUUUGGUAAGGUGCAACAAGCAAAAAUUUGGCUUGAUGAAAUGAUUGGGAAAGGUAUCGUUCCUGACGAGAUCCUAUGUGUUUGUCUAUUAAGAAACUACUAUGAGUAUGGGAAUGCGGUUGAAGCCACUUCGUUACAAAAUGAGUUGAUAAAAAGGGGUCUAAUAGAUGGGUCAUCUAAUUAUGUAGUCUCUGAUGUAAGAACUCAAGGAUGAGUAAAUCUUGUUCCAUCUGUCCUUUUUGGAGCAGAAUGCUUUACCUUUUCCUCAAUAUGCAAGAACUCCAACGACUAGAAAAUUUCAUCUGGUUUUCUGGCUGGACAUGCUAGCUGCAGAUGUUUUAUAUGAUGCAACUUGGUAAAUUGAGCCGUUAGUGAUACUUGUUGCAUACCCAAAAGUGUUUUGGUCUCAUAUUGCAAAUUAUGCUUCUGCAUGCAAUUUUAAUAUUGAGUUCGUAUGUAGCUAUCAGCUAGAAAAGCACAUUAGUUCUGUCUGGACUGGAACCUUUAAUCGUUGUCCAAGCUGGAAAUUUCCUUCUUGUAAGGUGAUGUACCUGAGAUUACACAGCAAUCGAAAUUUCCUUCUUGUAAGGUGAUGUACCUGAGAUUACACAGCAAUCUUGUUUAUUGAAGGAAAGACAAACAAAUUCUUUUAAAUUGGAUUGCGCUUUGACCACUUUUAUUAGCAAGGACAUACGUGGAUUUAACGCCUUAUUCAUGAUAGAUUGUGCUAGAGUAGAAGGCAACAUCAUCAUAAGCACCUUUUGGCGAGUUGAACAAUGGCUUCAAGUGUUGGCAAGAAUCACUUCCAAAUAAAGUGCUAAAUCUUUUUCCAUCCCAACAAACAGAUGGAAUUAGCGGUUGAAUCAAACUGAAUCGUUGGUCGCUCAAGGCCUCUGCCUCCGAAGCAUCAAAUGUAUUCAUUAAUGUUUUCAGAUUCGUGAAGGGAAACUCAGGCCUAAUAAGCAUCAGGGCAACCCUUAUAAAUAACACAUAACAUGAAAUGUGUACUUCCUGAUAUGAAAUCACCAUAAAUGUAGAAGUUAUUACAGAAGGCUUUCAAGAGGGUGGUUGGCUGCAUCCGGAGCAGUGCUGAGUUAAAAAAAAUGGUGAACAGAACUGCAAGGUUUUAGGGUUUUAUAGGUUUUUGUGGGUUAUGUAGAGGAAGAGUGCAAGUGCUGUAUUUGUUGCGAGUAUAAGGUCAUGGAUUUGUAGUUUGCAUGGAUUAUUCGUUAUUCUUGUUUGUUUUGUUUUGUUUUGUUUUGUU